UUGUCUGAACCCACGACCAGAGUCGGACUUUUGUUCGAGGGGUACGAGGUUCAUUUGGGAGGCGAGGUGUCCGGAGCCUCUUCGUAACCUCCGUUCGCGCAGCGUGUUUGAUUGUCGGUCUGUUCGUCCUAUUGUGCAUCUUUGUGGUUUGUCUGUUUGUUUAUUGGAACACCAGCAUGGGGCAGUCUUUAACUACCCCUUUAAGUCUUACUCUAGAUCACUGGUCAGACGUCUCUAAACGAGCGAGCAAUCAAACGCUCGAAGUCAAGAAGAAAAAGUGGCAGAGCUUCUGUUCCUCACAAUGGCCCACAUUCAAUGUGGGCUGGCCGCGGGAUGGCACUUUCAACAAGAAUGUUAUUUUGCAGGUCAAGGAACGAGUCUUCGACAAAGGGCCUCGUGGACGCCCUGACCAGGUCGCUUAUAUCGUUACUUGGGAGAGUUUGACUAAUGACCCACCCCCCUGGGUGGCCCCCUUUAUUUCUCCAGAGAAAUCCCAACCCUCCCUAGGUCUCACUCCUUCGGCCCCGAAUCCUCCCCUGCCUUCCCCUCCUCCGCCUUCCCUAUCAAAGACCCCCACCCCUACGGUCUCCUCCCUUUAUCCUGCACUGAUGAAGGAUGAGACCCCCAAACUACAUGGAAGACCGAAGGAGACCCAUAAGCAGCCAUCUGUCCUUCCCCCUGACCCAAAUUCCCCUCUUGUCGACCUCCUAUCCGAACAUCCUCCCCCCUACAACCCCCAGCAAGAGCCCGGAAAUAAUGAAGCGGAUCCUGCGACGCCCUCGCCCUCAUCACGGAGCUCCCCACCUACUGCCUCCCCUGUCGCGAGCAGGCUCCGGGGAAAGCGUGAACCAUCUCCCCCGGACUCCACCUCCCAAGCAUUUCCCCUGCGACAGGGAAAUAACGGCCAGUUUCAAUACUGGCCCUUUUCCGCCUCUGAUCUAUACAAUUGGAAACAACACAAUCCUCCUUUUUCCAAGGAUCCUAUGGCAUUAACUAGCUUAAUAGAGUCUAUUCUGCUUACACACCAACCAACCUGGGACGAUUGUCAACAGCUUUUACAGACCCUCCUCACUUCUGAGGAAAAACAAAGGGUCUUCGUAGAGGCACGAAAGCAGGUUCCCGGAGAAGAUGGGAGGCCAACCCAGUUGCCCAACGAGAUUGAUGCUGCCUUCCCCCUCACCAGGCCUGACUGGGAUUUUACUACGAUCGCAGGUAGGACACACCUAUGCCUUUAUCGCCAGUUGCUCAUAGCGGGUCUCCGAGAGGCUGGUCGUCGCCCCACAAAUUUGGCACAGGUAAAGCAAACGAUUCAAGGGGCAGAUGAGUCUCCAGCAGCUUUUUUAGAAAGGCUUAAGGAAGCAUAUCGUAUGUAUACGCCUUAUGAUCCCGAGGACCCAGGGCAGGCUAACGGCUUGUCGAUGUCCUUUAUCUGUCAGUCAGCACCUGACAUCAGGAACAAGUUACAGAGGCUGGAGAAUUUGCAGGGGUAUACGCUACAGGAUCUACUUAAGGAGGCAGAGAAAAUCUUCAACAAAAGGGAGACUCAAGAAGAAAGGGAGGACCGUAUCCGUAGAGAGAAAGAAGAAAGGGAAGAUAGAUUGAGAAGGGAAGCAGAGGAAAAGGAGGAGGCUAGAGAUAGAAAAAGGAAUAGGGAAUUGAGCUGCCUCUUUGCUGCCGCAGUUCAGAGCCAGGAAAGUCGACAGGGAGAUAGGAUGGGAGAACAGAGAGGCCCUCGCAUGGAACGCGACCAAUGCGCCUACUGCAAGGAAAGAGGACAAUGGGCGAAAGACUGCCCUAAAAACACUCGUAAACCCAGAGGCCCCAAACCACGAGCCUCACUCCUGGCCCUAGAUGAAGACUAG